AUGCCGAGAUGCUACAAUGACAGCAAAACAGUGAGUUCAGUGAAUAGCAGUCAUAAGCACAGUACAGACGAUAUUGUAUUAACGCAAUCACGUGCUUUCUCGAUUGGAAGUCAAUUGGAGAUAGAUGAAGACCCACCACUAGUUGAAAAAUCACACAGACGGCUUCGGUGUGACCUAAGUCCUGUUCCAACAAACACGAAUUCUAACUUAAACAUAAAGCUUCUCAGUUUAAAGGGUGAUAAAGGUAAUCGUCAGGAUCAUCAGGUGAGCACUGGAUCUGGGGGGUACAGAGAAAGGGAGACCAAAAAGAGAGCAGCUAUAGGCAAUACAGUGCGUGGAAUUCUCUCAUCUGGCCACAGCAGGCAGGACAGGUAUGAGACAAACAGGCAACGCUCUUCAGGUGGAUCCGGUGGUGGCUUGUCUAGUUUAUGUCCUAAGCUGGUGGCCAGUAGUAGCAGUAGCCAAAGUGGCAUUAGUUUGGCAGUGGGCCACUUAGCCUCUCAGGAAAGUGGAGGGCCUUGCACAGUUGUCACGACUCAAAGGAUCCACGGCCACGCACAUAAUCAUAGACGCCAAAGAAAGUUAUCUAUUGUCGCGCAAGCAGGUCCUAGUGCCAACACUACUGGUGAUAGAAAAGUAUUGUCCAAUAUAAGUCGCUCCGCUAGCCUCUCCAAAAAACAAAUUCGAACACAGAGGCAUGAUCAGAAUACUGAUUCUUUGUCUAUAACUAGCAACGGUCUUACCACUAACUCGCCAUCUUCCAAAAAAAAAGUACUAUCUGCUCUGCGCAUUACAGAGAAGUCAUCCACGCAAAGUGUGAAUUCAUUAUCAUUAGAUAAUGAAAAUGACCGUAGUUUUAGCGAUGCCGAAGAAGCGAUUACAGCAACGGAGAAUGUAUUUGCGACACCAGGAUCUAGUUCUACACCUUCUACACCAAUUAGUAAAGUGAAACAAGCAAAAUUCAGCAAGAAUGAAGCAGAUGUGGAACAUAAUAGUCUCUCAGAGUGUACUGAUUUAUCGGAGAACAUUGUGGAUGUACAACACAUGAUUUUAGCUGAAUUUGAACAAAAAACUGCUGUGCCGAUAAAACCAGUUCCCGUACAUAAAUCAAUUAAUCAGGAAAUUAUAACAAAUCAUAAACAAAAAUUAUUGCCGAGUUCUACGGUUGGUGCAAAAUCUGUUAAUAACAAUGAGCAAAAAGUUCAAAAAUAUAAGAAUCCAAAUUCUGCAGAAAAAAUGAUCGAACAUCAUAGUAAUAAAGACAUUGAAGUGAUUAAUCUAGGAAAAGAUAUAGACGAUUCUACACCAAUAGAUGCAGAAAUGAGUACCACAAGCAACAAUAGUAAAAAUAAAGAAGUAAAAGGUAGAAAAUCCAUGGAAUAUACGGAUGGCAGUGACAUUGUGGGUAAAGAAACCACAGACACCAUGAAGACUGUGAGCAACGAUAAGACGGAUAUGGAGGAUAGUGCAGCAAUCAGUGAAGAAAUAAUUAAAAAUUCAAGAUUUGUAACGUCAAAGGUAUUAGAAGAAAUAACGGAAGCCAAGGCGUCAGAAGUAGAGAAGGUAGAAGAGGAGGAGAGAAUGACAAUAUACGAAGAUGACGAUGGUACUAGUAUUAGCGAUAUAGUGGCUACACAAGCACUUCACGAAUCAUUAAGUAAAUUAGGUAAAGUACCGCCAUUAGACACCGAGAUGGAAGAAGUGCAGAAUAAGAAUUUGCGUGAUGAAACGAAGAUAGAACAUCCUGAAAAGGAUAUAGUCUCUCAAGAGGAAACGGUAGAAGGUUUUAUUGGUCCGUUACUCGACGAAAACUUUAAAGCGGAUGAAAAAUUGUCACAAAAAACGAUGGCGAUGGAAGAGGUUCAAAAUUUAUUGAUGAAAGUUAAAGUGCAAGCUGUUGAGGAUGAUGACGAUGAAGAAAAAGCUAUAGGUAUUUCGCCAGACGGAAGAUUCUUGAAAUUUGAAGAGGAAAUUGGUCGUGGUAGUUUCAAGACUGUUUAUCGUGGGUUAGACACCCAGACAGGUGUAGCUGUAGCUUGGUGCGAAUUGCAGGAGAAAAAGUUGAAUAAGACAGAAAGACUAAGAUUUAGGGAGGAAGCAGAAAUGUUAAAAGGAUUGCAGCAUCCAAAUAUUGUAAGAUUUUACGACUAUUGGGAAGUUACACUUACCCGUAGAAAAUAUAUCGUACUAGUCACUGAACUUAUGACAUCAGGAACAUUGAAAACGUAUUUGAGGAGAUUUAAGAAGAUCAAUCCCAAGGUCGUAAAAUCUUGGUGUCGGCAAAUUUUAAAGGGCCUGAGUUUUCUUCAUUCUAGAUCACCACCCAUUAUCCAUCGCGAUUUGAAGUGCGAUAAUAUUUUUAUCACAGGCACGACAGGAAGUGUGAAAAUUGGUGAUUUAGGUUUGGCAACAUUAAAAAAUCGUAGUUUUGCGAAGAGUGUCAUUGGAACUCCAGAAUUUAUGGCGCCCGAGAUGUACGAAGAGCAUUAUGAUGAAUCAGUAGAUGUUUAUGCCUUUGGAAUGUGUAUGCUCGAAAUGGCUACUAGCGAAUAUCCAUAUUCCGAAUGUACAGGACCAGCGCAAAUAUACAAACGUGUGGUAUCGGGUGUUAAGCCGCAGAGCUAUGACAAGGUUGAAAAUCCGGAAGUACGCGAUAUCAUAGAAAUGUGUAUACGUCUGAAGAAAGAGGAACGGCCGCUUGUCAAAGACUUACUCAAUCAUGAAUUUUUCGCAGACGACGUUGGGUUAAAAUUGGAGAUGGUAUCACGGGAUUCAGCAGUUGCGGAUACCGAGCUGUCGCGCGUUGAAUUCAGACUGCGUGUGCUGGAUCCUAAGAAGCGCAGUAAUAAACACAAAGAGAAUGAGGCAAUACAAUUCGACUUUGAUAUUCAGGCCGACAACGCGGAGGAUGUAGCACUAGAAAUGGCGAAGUCCAGCCUCAUAUUAGAGGAGGACGCUAAAGCAGUGGCUAAGAUGUUAAAAUCGCAAAUUACCACUCUGUUAAGAGAAAGAGAGGAACGUAAAGCCAAAGAAGAGAAGGGACGCUUGGACAGAGAGACCGAUGCUACGACCAACACAGCUGAGAAUUUGCUUCAACAGCAAUUGCUACUUCAGCAAAUGCAGCUGCAACAACAACAGCAACAACAGCAACAGCAAAUCCAAUCCAAUAUUGGUAUGCAGAUGCAAAGUCAAGUGCCGAUGCAAUUGCAACAGACUCAGAUACCUCUUCAACAGCAGCAAUUGCAGUCAGCCGCACAACAAGCUCAGCAGCACAAUUUGCAACCGCAGCCGGUGCAAUUAGUUCAACAACAGCCGAUAAUCCAACAACAAACGUCAGUUGUGCAACCUCAACAAGCGCAGCAGAUACAAUAUCAGCAGCAAAUACAACAGCAGUAUCAACAACAGCAGCAACAACAAUAUCCUCAACAUGUGCCACAGAAUCUAAGCGCGAAUUCUCCGCAGUGUUCGACCCCGCAAAAUGUUCAAGGUCAGCCUCAAUUCCCUCAAGUGCCGCAACAGCAAAUAUCGCAACAGCAAAUACCGCAACAACCAAUAUCCCAGCAGCAAAUGCAACAGCAGCAGCAUGUACAUCAACAGCAACAGCAAUACAUACAGUUAAACCAAAUGAGCGUACCACAACCGAUUCCUCAUCAGGUGCAGCAACAGAUGCAGCCUCAAGUGCAGCAACAGAUGCAGAUGUUGUCGCAGCAACAGCAUAUGCAUCAACAGCUUCAACAUGCACAACAACAAUAUGCGCAGCCUCAGAUUCAGCAUGUGCAACAGAUACAUCAACAUUCGGUUGGUUCACCUCCUGUUCAGAGUCAACAAUAUUACCAGCAAAAUGCUACUGGUUCCUCGGGAUAUGUAUCAGCCGGCUCUCUGUAUCAGCAGUCGAUGCCGCAACAGAUCUUUCACACAUACACCACGUCCACAAAUCCCUCUGGCCACGUGGAGAUCUUGUCGUCCACUCAAACUGCCACGCAGAUUUAUUCUCACACAAAUCUGUCUGCGGCUGCAGUUCCUGCGUCGUCGCAAUCAUAUAUUCAACCAACAGCACAGGUUCAGGCGUCCAUACCGUCAGCCAUAAAUGUCAACAGUUCGUCAGCAGUGACUCAAGUGAUACAGAAUGUACCAACUUCGACAAUUCCUAAUAUGCAGAGUGCGCCUACUUUGCUCACUAAUACCGGCCAUCAGCCUCAAUCUCAGCAAAAUAUUCUAGUGCAGAUGCAAUAUUCGCAGAGUGCAAGUGUCAUGCCCAAUUCGAUCUCAAUAACACCCGUCGCGAACAUAUCGGCACAAUCAUCUACCAAUCUGCAGCAACAUUUUCUUUCGAAUACAGAACAGUGUCCCACGACUGACAGGUCUUCCUUGAUUAAACAAGAUACUAUGGAUUCGAUUCAAUCUCUGCCACCAGAUGUACCAGUUACUCUGCAGCAAGAUCAAAUUGUCGCACCUCCUCCAACCGCCGCAGCGGGUGUCACGCAGCAACAGCAUCAGCAAUCUGUAGUAUCGAACGAUGGAAUCACAUCUGAAAAUUCCGAAAGUGUCACCACUUCCGAGAGAAGCCGAAUAAAACGUUCUGGAACAAAACGUAAGAAGCCGGGCAUCAAAUUAACGGUCUUGUCUGUCAGUAGUGGCGAAGGACAAUCAAUGACCGUCGAAUGUCAGUUAGAUACGAGUAAACAAAAGACUGUUACUUUUAAAUUCGAUCGGGACGAUAUGGUACCUACGGACAUCGCUAAUAAUUUGGUUGCGGAAAAUCUUUUGCCGCAGUCUCAAUGCGAGACGUUUAUAGAAUUAAUCGAAGACAUCGUCAAGCAAUUACGCUUGGAUCCUACACGUACUCUACCCCUAGUAGCGCACGGUCCGCCCGAUCAAUCUGCUGGUGGAAGCCCGGUUACAAGCCGACGCCCUAGGGAUCGUGACCACAGUCUCGAUACAGCUAAGCAGGUGAGACAUGGCUCGCUAACACGUCAAAGCAGCCACCGAUCGUCGUACAAAGUCCACCGUAGGCACCGUUCGAGAGACGAAACUUCAAAUACUUCUACUCCGACGAAAUUGUUGCCGAUUGACCAAAUUAUUUCUCAUAUCGCCAAUACUAGUUUGGAAAAACAGCAAGUCGCACAAACAUCCGAUAGUCAAGCAGGCAUCGAGAAUACAUCAGCGGAGGCUUCCAGGAGAUCGUCUACAUCUACGCAAAAUACCGAUACCUUAACUCCCACGAAUAUACCAAGUGAUCCGACGGACAAUCAAGAAACUAUUGUUUCCGUGAUGUCCGCAGAAACGGUAAUGGAAGCGCAUCAUAAUAUUCAAAAUGACGCCAAUAACUCAGCUUUAAAAUCUUAUCAAAGCUCUACAACGCAUGUUCAAACUCAAAUGCAAGAUAUGAUGAUGAACGCGAGUCACGCAAACGAGACGUCGAAAGGAUCUCAAGAACUGCGAGAUGUAGUAAAAGAAUAUGAAGCGAUUAAAGAGACAAGUGUAUCCGAUGUAACUGCAGAAAUAUCUAGCUUGACAGUACCAACACCGGUACGUAAAGUUUCUCGCUUUUUAGUCAGUCCUGUGGUUGAACAGAAAAAUAUUGCAGCGGAAGAGGAAUCUUCCGUUACUAGCGAAAGUACAGAUCGUACGAACGCUACGACGUCGCAGUCAGUGUCCCAAUCAGUUGGAAGUGCUGGGAGCGCGGAACCUUUACCAAAAAAUGAAGAUCAUGUAGAAACAAAUGUUGUAGAAGCUCAGGCUAUAGCGAUACACGAAAAAGCUUGCAAUAUAGAGACAAUGGUUCAAGGAGUUCAGUAUACCGUGGAACAAACAGAUAGUGGUCAACAACAGACUUUGCAGCAAGGACAGCAGUCGGUGGGGUUGCAGAAUAUCAUUCAAAUGCAGACUUUGCAACAAGUAACUGGACAUAUGCAACAAACCACAACUAUCGGACAGUCGAAUCAGCACACUGUAAUUGUGCAGGGAGCCACAAUCACCUCGCAACAAACGUCCCAGCAGAUACCUCAGAUUAGUAUGCAGAAUUUUGUACCGGUGAGCACGCAGAAGGAACUGCAACCUCAAUCACUUCAUACUACUAACGGGAUAGCUCAGCAAGCGCAGUAUCAGAACCAAACGAUGGUACAAUCUGGCCUGAUGAUGCAACAACAGCAGCAGCAGAUUCCCAUGCAGCAGAAUGUAAUGCAGUCUCACAUAUCGACGGAACACCAGCACCAGAGUCAAAUGCAAGCUCAGCGUCCACCGGCGGUACAACAGUUCGUGCCACAGCAAGUGCAGCCGCCAACGCAACAAUAUGUGAUGUUGUCGGGACCUAUGCAAACCAUACAAACAGCGAAUUUGGAUGAUCGAAGUCGUAGGGUGCCGAGUCUCUCCACCAACAUGUCUAUCGACUCUCAGAUGUCGGAAGUAUCUAAUAUGGCUGAAGAGAAAAGACAAGCCUUGGCUACUGCCAAUACGCCAAUGGCGCAUAUGCAACAUGUACAAGUGGUCCCGCAAGAUAUGCCAAGUGCGAUAUCGUUGGCCCAGAGUGCUGUGGAAACUGGUCAGCAGCUACAAACUGUUCAUCCUAACGUGCAGCAUAUUUCCGGAACUCUGGCACCAUCUGUGCCCCAGGUAUCUCUUCCUGUACAUCCAGUCGUCGCUGCGGACGUUUCCACGCCGAAGAUUAUAACGAAAACGAAAGAGGUGUCCUCGACGCUUCCGGAUCUUGCGCAAAAUUUAGCGAACAUACUGUCGAAUCCGAAAUCAAAAUCUGCUACGCCUCAUCCUCUAACCAGCCAUGAACAACCGACCGCUGUGCCUAACAUCGCUACUUCCGCUUUAAUCGAACAUAAGCCUGUACAAUCCGAACAAUAUUUUCAACCUAUACAACCGGAAGCGAGCCAGUUACAGAUUCAACCGCCUAUUCACAAUUACCAAGGACAGAUCAUACAUCAGGUAUAUCAAGGACAACAGAAUUUUCAACAAGCAUUUCAGAGCCAACAGUUGCUUCACCAGGGCCAAACGCAACCGAUAUCGCAAUCAGUUCCAUUAACGAUUCCUCAGCAGAUCGACUCGCAGUCGCAGAUGGUGCAGUCGACUCUUCAAAAUGUAUCGGGCCAACUAUCGGCUCAAGGAAAGUGGAUCGUUUCGUCUAAUCAAACUCCUUUGCAGCAGUCUAUACGGCACGUACAACCGAGUCAGCUGCAACCGCUGCAAAAUCAGUCGCAAUUGCAACAAAUUCCAGUGCAACCGCAACCACAAACUAUGCAAGACCAACAACACAGUGAAUCGUCCGUCAUAUCGGACCAGUCACACUUACAUCUGAAACUUCCAGAACAACAUUCGAUGAAACCUCUUGAAACUGAAACCUCAGAAUCCUCAAAUUUAAAUUGUAUGCGCCGUACUAGUUCUGAUUGCCAGUUACUCACAUCCGAGAAUGAGAACUCCAGUCACGAUGUAACGCCCGAGCAUACUCUCGUUGAAUCGGUCGACUCUACAGUGCUUGUUCAACAACAAUUGUCUCAACAACAGCUGCAGCAGCAACAUCGGAAGCUCAGUCAACAGAAUUCGUUGGACAAAGUGUCGGAUAUAAGCAAUAUCGGUAACAUUGGAAGUGGCACGGGACCGCAAACCAUAGCUGACUUGCAUCAAAAACUUGUACAAUUGACUAGUCAGCCAUCAGAGUCAUUGAACGUUGGUACACCUCCUUUAAGCUAUCCCGCUACGCCUCAUAAUCAUCAAAUAGUAGGGGGAUACGAUGCGUACAUGCAUUCUUUACAACAAAAACUUGGUAAUAUCGGUAUGCCAGUCUCAUGUGCGAACGCUGCUUGCCCGUUAUCUCCUCAAACAACGAUACAUUCUUCUACUAUCCUUACUGACACGCAAGUUGAUGCGACAGUCGAGGGUUCCGUUGUAACUCAGGAGAACUCUGGCACACUCACGCUUUCUCACACUACUACGGAAUGCUCUCUUGAUAGCCCAACGCCGGGAGCUCCAGCGGGGCCUGAAAAUAUGAGUCCAAGUAAAGAAAAUAUAAAGAUACGAGCUCAAAGGCCGGGGUCCCGUUUGCAGGAAUUGGAACAAGAGUUGGCAAAAAUUCACCACAGGGGAUCGGUUUUCGCAGCAGUCCCCACGCAACCGUUAACACCACCUAUACCUGUGAUUAAUUCUGUGCAACAGUCUGCGCAAACUUUAUUAACGAUAGUUCCGCCAAUAUCAACGAUAUCUGUAACCACGGUCACUCCUAGCAUCGUGACACCACGAUCCGAUACUAAUACUCCAAUUCAACCGGAACUUCAAGAUAACAUUAAUGAGAAGGCGAAUAUUGCACAACCUGCCAGAAAGAUAUCCAGAUUCGUGGUCUCCAAAGUUGCCGGCCCGCCUGCUCAUAGCAAUGCUACUGUCAAUCAACAGCAAUCUAGUGAUGCGGCGAGAACUCUUUCGCAACAAGUGGAAGAAUUAAAAAUCUUAGAACGGCAAAAUGUUCCUCCUCAUACAGACGAUCUGCAUGGUGUACCUGUACAAGUACCUCAUAGCCGAGAGAAUUCUGUUCCACCAAUUGUACAGGCAACUCAUAGUAAUAAUAUUCCAAAUAUUGAACCUGAAAAAGAAGAAAGAUUCGUAGUUCUUACACCGAGUGAAGAAUACCAGCUACUUAUAAAAAGGCAAACUCUGGAAUUAGAGACACUGCAGAGAAGACACAGAGAAGAAUUAGAGCGUUUUCAGCAACAUCAGUUACAGUUGCUUAUUCAGCAGCAGCAACAAGCAAGUGCGCUUCAUCAACAUCAGCAUCAUCCACUGCUUUAUCAUACUGUUACGACAAACAUUUCUGGAUCUAGGAUUCCAGGUGCGGAGGAUUAUUUAAUGAUCAGCACAGCUCCGCAGACUCCAUUGCAAAAAGGACCGAAUAAUUAUCCGGACACCGAUGAGACCCUACGGUUGGCUAUGCAGAAAUUGAAGCAAACGCCGCUGCAGCUCCAACCGCAGCAGGCAUCAGCUGGAAUACCGCAUGCUUACGUUAUCCCGAUUCCAGUAGUGCCUUCUGAAAAUAUACCAAAUAUAGUUUCCCAGCAGAAUAAUAACUGUUCAAAUGAUACAAUCGAGGGCGUUGAUAUGACGCAUAGCCCGGCGGUCAGUAAUCCGACGCAGUAUCAAUUCGCCUCUAUGUUGUCCGAGGGUGCGAACAUGCCAUCGGCGACUGGAGCGUUACCCGCGCCGUUGCCGAUCGCCACUUCGACAGGCGCCUAUAUCCAGUAUCACGAGGGUCAGCCGUUGUCGAAUUUUCAAACCUUUAGCUGCACUCCUCACGGCGGUUUCUUUCUGCCAGCUGGAUACCGGUUGAUAUACGCACCAUCUACCGGAACGACUCAAUCUCAGCCGGCGACCCCCGCCGCCACAUCGUCUCACAUAACAAAUUCACGCGAUGACACGCCACCGACGGAGCCGCUAGCGUCACAUCACUCCGCUCUAGCCGACAGCUCAACGGUAUUCUCGCAUUCGGAUCAAUAACGCAACACUUGGCUCGCACGGUUUUAUAUUUUCCAAUCAAUUUGUGCUCAUUCUUAGUUUAUUAACGUUUCGAUAUCGUUUGUCGGGGCGGAGCUAUACAUUGUCAUUACAAAUAUAAUCUGAUAUAAUAAUUUAUUAUGAAAUAUGCGUUCCUUGUUGUUCCGCGCUCAUUAUCAGACACUCUCGCGGAGGUAUGCAAAUUAAAAAAAAACGGAGGGAGGUGUGGGGGAGCAUGAAGCAGUGGAAGUAUAGUAUGUUUUUUGAUGUGUGAUGUACUUGCGUAUAUAAACAAAAUAUCAAGAUAUUCUCGCUAUUCUGGGCGUGUGCAUGAUAUUACUCUGAUAUGUGCCUCGCAGCGGAAGUUACGGCGGAAUGAACCGGGGAAGAUAUUGCACAGAGAGAAGGGGAAUAUAUAUAAAUAUAAAUAUAAAUAUAAAUAUAUAUAUAUAUAUAUAUAUAUAUAUAUAUAUAUAUAUAUAUAUAUAUGUAUAUAUAAAGUUUUCUGAACGUAACGCAGGAACUUGAGAUAGAGGCCUUUACAUGUACUGUGCUUUGAUGCGUUAAAGAAGACGAAAAAAGAUAAAAAAAGAUAAAAAGAAAAAAUCUUCCUUCGCUAAAACCUUUAGGGAAUUCUAUUAUCGCCCGAUUUUUUGAUAGCACAGCUCACAUUAGUACAGGCCUCCGCUAGUCUUACGACCGAAAUGGCGCGGCCAUUCUGCUCGAUAUAUAUGUAUAACUGUUAUUGUAUAUGCUGGAUGCGCGUCAGAGGUAAGCGGAUGGAAUCCGAAUGAGAAAGACAGUAUAAUAAGAAUGGUAUAGAAUUGGAAAGAACGAGAGGAGAGAGAGAGAGAGAGUGUGGCGCGCGCGCGUGCGCAUUUGUAUGUGUGUUCACGACUGUGUGAAUGUAUGCGUGUAUCUCGGAGGCAAAUAGGCAGAAAGAAAUAUAAGUAAUAUAGUCACUGUUAUGCUUUAAUGUAUUUCUAGCAAUUUUGCCUAUUUCAAUUAAAGAAAAGAAGUCAUGUGUUACUAGUUAGCGAACCCAUAUAUCUCGUUUACUAUUACUGAUUAUUAUCUUCUUUUAAGGUCGGUUAUUAUCUUCUUUUAAGUAGUCGUCUUAGCUACCAUUGUUUCUUCUUUGAUAUAUACAAUGUAGCUGGAGAAGAAAAAAGAAAAUUGUCUGAUGCCACCUGUUGUAGACCAUCGAUGAAUAUUGGCAGUUCGACCACAUAUUUGCUUUUUAAUCAAUCGGGAUAAUAUAAUAUCGCAGUCAACGUAUCCGAAUUUGUUUUUAAUUUUUAGCGAUUCGUAAUAUAUUAUGUCGGACCAUUAAAACACGAAAUCGCAAUUUCAGUUGUGGCGAUUCUGAAAUAUACAUCUUAGCAACAAACGCGAUCGUUCGGUUCUCUAAAUCGUUCGAGGGAUCCCUCUCGUUUAUAUGAUGAUAUAAAAAAGUUGUCUUAUCGAUUGUGGAUGUUAUUACAACUGAUAAACGAAACAUACAUGCAAUGUAUAAUAUCACUUCGCUGUGCUACGAGUGACUGUAUAACGAUUAAUAUUCUUCGAUAACGCUACAAUUAUCAGUACUCCGAACAUUGUUUUACGGUUUUGUCAGUAUUAUCACUGCAAGUAUCAUACACCACAGAUUCAGAGUAUAACUUUCAGAACUCCAAAUUUAAUUAUCCGUUUUUGCACAUAAUUUCCUCAUAGCUAUUUGGAACUUGGCGAUCUUGUGCAGAGAUUAAACGUGUUUCUCUUUUUUUUAAGUAUAAGGCUUCUUUUUUGGUGCUUUUAUGUCACAAUAUUAUGUUAAUGUUUGUUGAAAUGUUCUUAUACAAGAAUCGCAGUAGUUUAUUAUACCGAUUCGCGUGCGCACGCGAAGUUGUAGAUUAUUUCCUUGAUAAUUGUCAGAAGGGAUGACAAGUAUAGACAUGUACUCAUCUAAUUGUCAUCGUUAUUACACGCGCGUCUAGUGUAUGAGUUUAAUAGAUAGUAACUUUAACUUGUCCCUAGUUAUUAUGAAAUUUUCUUCGGCGGUCCGCACAUAAAACGGAUUAUCUUUUCUCUCCUCCUCUCUCUCUCCCCUUCCCCCCUCUCUAUCUCUCUCUCCAUCCCUCCCCCCCUCUCUCUGAAUACCGAUGUUAUAUUACUCAAAACUAAGAAAUCUCAGUAUAAUUCGACACGAUGAAUGACUACUUAUCGCGCUAGGUUCCACUAGGAUAAUACAUUUAAAAUAAAUAAAUGAUAUCGGUUAAAGAAAGCUUUAUUUGAGAAAUGGUGCUUCUUAAAAUUUUUGAAGAAUAGGAUGCAAUUUCAAUUAUAUCCAUUCAUAGAAAGAUAAGCUAUAUCAAUGAAAAUGUUUGCAAUAUUGUUGCAUUCGUAAAGCAUCUUUUAUUGUUUUGUCAAAAAAUAUUAAGUAAUGCAACCAAAUUCCAUAAAAUUUCAAUUAACCGAAUUCAUUUGUUAUCACGAUAGCAGUUGUCUUGAGGGAAUUGAGCCUGAGAAAAGUUAAGUUUUGUUGUGGUGUAUUUAUUUGGAUACCGCCUGCAAAAAAACAAAAGCAAAUAAUAAUAUAUUUAAUAGUAUACUUUUUACAUUCUGUAAUUCGUACUGUCAAUAUAUUCAACACUGAUUUAUUUGAUGGUAAAUAUAAAUAAUUACCAGCAACA